GAUUUCUCGUCUGGUCGAGGCACAAGCCCGACAGCGAUACGUACACUCCCUGGAGAAGACACACACAUCAGCGAGUGCAGUGAACAGAGUGAUAGCAAGAUGGAAGGUGCGGUGAAUCAGGCUGUGUCAGAUGUUAACGACAGUAUUGUUGACAAUGUCAAUAAGACAUCGAGUCAGGAUCCAGCAUCAGCAGAGGGAAUGGUCCUGGCUUACGGGAGUCUCGUGGUGAUGGCCAUCCUGCCGAUUUUCCUCGGGAGCUUUCGAUCGGUCAAGCACCAGAAGGAACAGCAGCAAAAAUUUGAGACGAGUGGGGAGAAACCAGAAACCAUGUCCCACCGGGAUGCAGCAAUGUUCCCUGUCAUCUCCAGUUGUGCUCUCUUCGGAUUGUACCUAAUUUUUCAAAUAUUCUCGAAGGAAUACAUCAAUCUACUCUUGACCGGUUACUUCUUUUUCCUGGGGGUUCUAGCCCUGUGUCAUCUCACGAGCCCCAUUAUAUCAUCCCUGGUGCCUGCGGCCAUUCCAAAAACCCCGUAUCAAAUACAAUUCACCUCAGGCGAAGGCGACAAGACCGAAGAUAUCAUAAAUUACACAUUUAAUCUACACGACAUCGUUUGCCUCAUUUGCUGUUCACUGAUUGGAGUAUGGUAUCUCCUCCAGAAGCACUGGGUGGCGAACAACUUGUUCGCGAUAGCCUUCGCAAUAAACGCAGUCGAGCUGCUGCACCUGAACAACAUAGUGACAGGCUGCAUCCUCCUGGGAGGUCUCUUCAUCUACGACAUCUUCUGGGUGUUCGGUACCGACGUCAUGGUGACAGUGGCCAAGUCCUUCGAGGCCCCGAUAAAGCUGGUAUUCCCCCAGGACCUGAUUGAGCUGGGCCUCAAGGCAAAGAAGUUUGCGAUGCUGGGGCUGGGGGACAUAGUCGUCCCAGGGAUCUUCAUCGCUCUGCUGUUGAGGUUCGACCACAGCCUGGGGCGAAAAUCCUACACUUACUUUUACACGACAUUCUUCGCCUACUUCAUGGGCCUGAUAGCAACGAUGCUGGUGAUGUUCGUGUUCAAUCACGCCCAGCCAGCCCUUCUGUACCUGGUGCCAGCGUGCAUAGGCACUCCCCUGCUGGUAGCCCUCGUCAAGGGCGAUCUCAAGAAGAUUUUCACGUAUGAGGAUCAUCCCUCGGCCCUUAAGGAGCCCCAGACGGAAGCUCAAGUUGACGGGAAGAAGGAUAAAUAGAGAUAUAUCGAAGUUUAUUUAAAUAAUUGAACGAUAACGCUUGAUCCACCGAGGAACAUCAGUCUUAGUAAAUUAAUUUUUCAUUGGGGUGGAGGAAUGUCGGUCCUAUGCGAUAGUUCAGGGGAGGAAUGACGAAUUGUCAAUUGAGACGUGUAUCAUAGUCGAGGGAGGGAGGGGAUUCAAUGGAUUUUGAUGUGGGGAGGGAAUCACUCUGGGAAAUUGGCUAGAAUCCAUUGAGAUCCUGUUUUUUUACUUAUUCUCAGACGAUUGGUGGGUAGAAUUAUUCAUUGGAAUUUCGAAAUACUGGUGGCAUUCUUAUUCUUGACAUUUGCGACGGACUUUUAUCAGUGGAAAUGUCAGAUUAGUGGGGAUUUCAUCAGCAAAAAUAUUCGGUAAGAAUGGAUUUUAAUGCAUUUGAGGAUUUUGAAGAGUUUGCAAGUUCUCUCAGGUGUUUAUAAGAUUUCUAGUAGUUCGGUGCAAAUAAUUUCUUGAGGGAUUUCUUUCGAAUUUAUAUUUACGCACUUGUCAUGAAAUGGAAAUCUAGUGAGAACCUGUUUUUUGUUAUUCUGAGACGUUUGAUGAAUAGAAUUAUUCAUUAAAAGUUCAAAAUCCUGAUGGAAUUAUUAUUUUUGAGGUUUAUUACAGAUUUUUUUGUGGAAA